UUUGGGGUGUUGGAUUACUUGGGAGGUAAUGCACCUCUGAUUGGUUUAACUGAAGAUCAAGGUCUCAAAGAUAUGGUGUGAUGUGCGUCAAACGGGGUCACUGAAAGGGACGCAUUGAAGAAGACCAGGACAGUAGAUUUUUCUAGUAACUGAUUCUUAAUACUGGAAACCUCUCAAAGCAUUGAAAGCAAAGCCUAGACAAUGGUUCAUGCUCUUUUACAAACAGCACCACUUCUCCUCCAGUGUUCUCCUCAUGUCUCUUCCUCUAGCCUGCUUUACAGGGGAAAGCCUGGGAAAAUAGUGAUGAAGUGCUGUGCAGAGCAAUCUAUGAGCAACAAGCCAGUGACCAAACAUGUAUUAUCUGGGUUUGCGGCAUCUUUAGUACUUCUCUCUCAAAUAAACCAGGCUGUUGCAUCAGAAGUUUACUUUCAAAGGAAUACUUAUGAGCUUGCAAAUGCUGCUGAGAAGACGGUAACUCUUCCUCUUGAUAAGGGUUCUGAUGAAGGAGCUGAGAGGCUAAUGAUGAUGAGAGGCAUGACAGCAAACAAUUUUGACCCCAUUAGAUAUUCUGGUAGGUGGUAUGAAGUUGCUUCACUUAAACGUGGAUUUGCUGGGCAAGGUCAGGAAGACUGUCAUUGCACCCAGGGUGUAUAUACCUUUGAUAGUGAGAAGAGGGCCAUCCAGGUUGAUACCUUCUGUGUUCAUGGGUCUCCUGACGGUUAUAUAACUGGCAUAAGGGGAAACGUUCAAUGCCUUUCAGAGAAAGAUUUGGAAAAGAAUGAGUCAGAUCUAGAAAUGCAGGAGAUGAUCAAAGAGAAGUGUUUCCUCCGUUUUCCAACAUUGCCAUUUAUCCCUAAGUUGCCGUAUGAUGUGAUCGCAACUGAUUAUGACAAUUUUGCUCUUGUUUCAGGAGCAAAAGAUACAGGUUUCAUACAGAUCUACUCCAGGACACCAACUCCUGGUCCUGAAUUCAUAGAGAAGUACAAAUCAUACUUGGCCAACUUUGGAUAUGACCCAACCAAAAUCAAGGACACCCCACAAGACUGUGAAGUGAUGUCGGACAGUCGGCUAGCUGCAAUGAUGUCAAUGUCCGGAAUGCAAAAAAUUUUAACAAAUGAGUUUCCUGAUCUAGAAUUGAAGCGCCCUGUUCAAUUCGACCCCUUCACUAGUGUAUUUGACACCCUGAAGAAGCUUGUUCAGCUUUAUUUCAAGUAGUUGUCUCGCCUCUUGUUAGUGUUACUCUUGUUACUUGUUUUCUGUUAAUUCAUGGGAGAUUAUGCAACUGUUCUUACUUUAAUGUACAGCGUUGCUACAUCAAAACAGGCUUCUGCCUUGUGGAGUGAGUAGUGGAAAGCACUUGUAUUCUGGUUAAAUUUCCUAGUCCUAUUCGGAGUAGUAAACAUAGUUUUAACAAAUAUAGUCCUCUUACUUUGAGAGU